AGGGAACAAGACAAGUGCUUGUUGACGCGGGUCUUAGUCAUAUGAUGACCCACAGCUGGAGCUUUUGGUCAUAUGACCGAGGCUUUCUGCUGGCUUACCGGUCCACCCCUUUAAAAAUUAUGAUUAUGAUUAUAACCAUUUUUAUGUUGCUAUAAUUACAGUGAAACAAGCAACAUGGUGAACUUGUCAGUGGCGAGACACUAGAAGUCUGACCUAAUAACAGUGUCAAAUAACAUGAUAACGUUGUGUGGUGACCUAGAUACGUUAGCUCACAGUUAGUAUGAGAAAAUUUGCAGGGUGAGGAGCCAUGAGGAGUGUAGCUAUGGAAUACUGGAAGACGGGAGGAAGUGUGCAAGUGUAGGUAACUUAUAAGACACCAGGAACACCAUCGUCAACUUCCAGCAAGAUUACCCAGGAGAGACCAGACACCGGGAAGCAACACAGCGGGGGAAUUAACUUCAAAGAUGUGGCGUCUCAGGAACACUGGACGACGAUGAUGACAGGAAUAACAAACAUAACAGAGACAGAACCGCCAGAGUGGCUUUCAACACUGGAUUAUGUUGUCACUCUGGUUAUGACGAGUAACGUCAUCACGAUCAUGCUGGCCAUGGGGGCCGCAUCUUACUGGAAGGAGAUGUGGCACCACAUGAAGCAUCCCUGGCAGUGCCUGCUUGGGAUACUGUGUCAGUUUGGCAUCUUACCAGCCGUGGGCUUCGCAAUGAGCCUAGCCUUCCGGCUUCAACCUUACCAAGUCUUGGGUGUUAUCAUCGUCACCUCCAGCCCUGGAGGUGCAUUCUCAAGCUUCUUCGCCUACUGGGUUGAUGGAGACCUAGCUCUCAGCAUCACAAUAGCGACACUGUCGCCCUUGCUGGCAUUAGCAGUGAUGCCUUUCAACCUGUGGGCAUACUCCAAGCGUUGGCCGGACCAGGAGCUGCAGCUGCCAUACUUUAACAUAGUGUUGAGCCUCGUCUUCGUCAUCGUCCCCGUCGUGGUGGGCAUGUUCGUCAGGCAGUACAUACGCAAGUGGGCCCUCUGUAUCUCGAAGGUGUGUGGGGUGCUGGGAUGGGCAGGAGCAGUCACCUGCGGAGUGAUGCUCAUCCUCAGAUACUACAAUUCUCUCGCUACCUCCUCUUCCAGUGUUGUCUUCACCACUUCUCUCGUCCCUUUCGUCAGUGUCCUCGUCGCCUACCUUCUCGCUAAGAUGGUCUGCUUCAGUCACAGAACCUGUCGUACUGUUGCCACAGAGACGGCGUGUCAGAACAUGGUCGUCGCCACCAACAUCAUGCUACUGUCUUUUCAAGAUCCCCAGAUGCGCAGUCAGUUGGUGAUCAUCUCCGUGAUGUACGGCGUGUGGCAGGUGGUGGAGGUGGCGGUGGCUGUAGCAGUGUUCCAGCUGUGGGUGUUUCUUUACCGACACGACAUCACCAAGGAGAUUAAUUCGGCUCAAGACUCCUCGGUCCUCAUCAGCGUGCCAGUCCCGGCCCAUAGGCUGACCCAGGUAAGACUCGAGAGCCUGACGGGGAAUGUAGCAACACCAGACCAGUGUAGGACGCACCGCCAAGACCAAAACUACAUGCUUGAUCAGCGUAGAGCACAAAGCCAAUGUGGUAUUAAAGUCCAACACAGUCCACAAGACCACUGCGGACCACCCUGCCACUACUGCGCACUAGAACACUGCAGUUCAAAAGUCCAGUGGGAUCCACAAGACCACUUUAGUGGACAAGACAACUGUGAUUCACAGGACCACUUUGGCCCGCACAGAUACAAGCAAGGUCCGUGUGACAAGGAGGAAACUAUGAGGUUUCUCUCCUACCAACCUGCACUCCAAGCUGACCAAGUGGGUGAGAUUCCCCCACCGUGGACGCUAAUGUCGCACCGUUCCCAAUUUGUCCCUCUGGAACAGUCACCGGACGCCCGUGUAAUGUCCCCUACCAUUAAAAACUCAACCAAUUACUGGUCACAAGAUCAUGAUAAUGUUAACUGCGCAUCUUCCUUCUCAAGACGUCUAGAGUCACAGACUUCGCCAAGUGACUUGCCUCAUAGUCCGUACUGCGACUCUGACUUCGACAAUAACGUAUUCCCUGAGGACCUCCUGGAGUGGGCCUGCGGCUAUGACUCAGACUCUCCGGGAAGCCCAUCGCUCAGCAACAAGGGCGUCCCUAACAUGUUCCCAGUGACUGAGAACGACUUUCUCUCGGAAGAAGAUUCCCCUCUACCCUAUGGAAGCCCCGUAGCCUCCUAUAGAAGGUUUCAAGACUAUGUGAUGGAGAGCGCAGAGAAUGAGGGGAGUGGCGGUGGACGUCCCGACACCCCUGGAAGACGCAUCGAGAACCCAAGGCUUUCCAACCCAGAGAGUGGCCUGUCAGGCUCCCCCAGCUCCUCUCCAGUCUUUGGAUUUUAUCACAACGGUGUUCGUCUGGGACAGACUCGACAAUUUAGCACUUUUGGCAGAAAGUAAAAUGCAUGUGUGUGGAAUAUAAGUCACAAUACGUGAAUGGAACAAUUCAAAUACUGACUGAAAAAAAAAAAUGUAAACUAUGAUCAGGUCAAUCCAGUUUUGCCUUUUGAUAUUUCAAAACAAUAUGUAAAGUCAGCUUUUUAUAUAAAAAAGUUUUAUUAAACUCUAA